AUGGCUUCAGAGUCACCUCAAAUUGAACGGACACCGCCGCAGACAGGCUCCGGCGAUCAGGAGACUACUCCGGGUCCAGAAUCGGCAAAGAGAAAGGCGGAACAGGGCAACGGAACUCAGACGCGCGCAAAGCGGAAUCGUUAUAUCUCAAUCGCUUGCGAGUUCCGGUCGAUGACCUCCCAAAUAACAACGCUACAGGAACAAGUUAACAAUCUGUUUACCAACCUCAAUGAACUGCGCACAUCAAAGUCAACUUUCGAGUCACCUAUCUUUGAUCACUUGUCUCGAGAUGGCUCCCAGCCUGUAUUCACCCCAAUGCCUCAGGGCAUACCGAAAGCUCGGUCCCGGCAUCCGCGCUUCCAUGGUCCAACAAGCUCAGCUUUCAACUUUGAUGUUGCCAAAUCAAGCCUUCAGAGUAUGGGAAUUAAUCCAGUUGAAGAUGGAAUACCCGACGACUUGACAACCGCACAUGUCACACCCGCUGGUUCUCCACCUCCGCUUGUCCCUACUAUCCACCCAACCAAAGAUCCUAUCUGGUCAAUCAGUCGGGAUGAGGCUAUACGUUUAUGCAAAGUUUAUGAGGAAGAGAUUGGCAUAAUGUAUCCUCUGGUGGAGAUCAGUAUGGUAACCAAUCAGGCUACUCUUCUAUACACAUUCAUGGAGGCUGCCACGCGUACAGGAUUUGCCCAGCGUGGUCUUCCUGGGCCCGACAGCCUUCAUGACGACAGUUCACUUCUGCUCAAGCUUAUUCUCGCGACAACGUUGAUCGUUGAAGGAGGUGGGGAGAGUGAACUCGGUCAGCGAUUAUACUUGAGUAUCAAGCCCGUGAUCGAGUCUAAACUAUGGGAGCCCCACGGCAUCAAGAAUAUCCAACUCUUUGCAAUUGUGGCAACAUAUCAUUUUCAUACCGACGACGACGCCAUGGCCUACCGACUGAUCGGCUUAGCUGCGCGCAUGUGUUUAGAGAUGGGUCUCCAUCGCCGCGAUGCUUUAAUGAAAUUGUUCCCGAACGAAAAUCAGUGGGAAGAAGUUACUAGAGUCUUCUGGACUGUGUACAGCUUGGAUCGGCGGUGGAGUUUUGGCACCGGGUUACCAUUUGUGAUUCAAGAUGAAGAUAUCGAUCCGACCCUGCCGGAACCUGACACUUCUUUGUUAUACCUGCGCUGCAUGAUUUCAUACAAUCGGAUCAGUUCCAAAAUCUGGUAUUCUGGCCUUGGCUCAGAAGGGACAACUGAUAUUCGACGAGAUGAAAUCGGCUACCUGGACUAUCAAGUCCUGCAGUGGUACAAGCAGGUACCCGAUGAACUGAAGUUCUAUCCAGUUGAAUCUCCUAAAAAUGGAGAAUCAGCAAGCCGAGGCAUGCGGCGUCUCAGAGUUCUCUUGUACCUGCGAAUGAACCAACUCCGAAUUUUAAUCUAUCGUCCAGUCCUUCACUCAGCGGCAAGCAUUUUAGAGGACCGCGCCCAUGCUCAGACUGUGGUAGACAUCGCCAAAGACACGGUUCGAGUGCUCACGCGACUCAAUCAGAUGUCUGAUAUCUACCGCACCCAGCAAAUCACUUUUAACUACUUUCUUGUUGCUGCUUUGGCAGUACUAUUUCUCGCUGUGUGCCAUACGCCUUCUGAUUUUAAUCGCCAAGUACGAGACGAGUUUUAUAUGGCCUUGGAUCUAAUCAACGGCUUUAGCACCAAGUCCUAUGUUUCGAAGCGCUUGUGGAAGACCAUUAAGGGUCUUCGAAAGAUUGGGGAAAGACUGGGCGUUUUUGCUCGUCCAUUUGGUACUGAUUCCAGCGAUCCACACUCUAGUGCUGCGGUAGCUAUGGCAGGUCUAGCCGGGCAUUCAAUCGAUGACUUGGGUGUAUAUGGGGCAAUGAACGGGGUUGACGAGCUAGGUAACAGUCCACUAAAUGGUCUUCAAAUGAGUCACGAGUUGACAAACUUGUUUGAGGCUGUCGGCUCAUUUGGUAACUUCGUUUCAACCGGCCAUGGAGUUGAAGGGAUGAAUGGAUUUGGCGCGGACGGAGAAAUCCAAAAUACUGGCGAAGGACUCUCUGGAAUCCUCGGAGGCGAAGAGGAUUUUUCUCGCAUCAUUCGAGAAUUAUUUUAA